GAGCUGUUCCAGACUUCAGUCUACCUCGAGAACGCGAUACCGUCGGGACCUUGAGGGGAACCCUCUGAACGAGGUCAAGGCUUCCUAACGAUUCUACUACGUCGAUCAUUAAUUGUCGAUCAAAGGAAUUAACGAAAAAACGAAUGUUGUCAAAAUAAAACAAAUAGGAAAAAGAUAUUUGUUAUACGAUCAUAUUAUUAAAAUUGUUUAAUCGAACAAUUGUUACAUUCCGAUAGAUAACGAACAUCUUUUGGAUCAUCGUUACCAUCCUAUAGAUCGGGAGUUUUAAUUCGAAUAAAUUUCAUUUGAAUAUUAUAAAAUUCAUUUGAAUGUUAACGUUUACAUUGUCAUUUAAUUAUUAUCGUUCGUAUGUAAAAAAGUAAAGAGAAAGUUAAAAGUUAAAAAUAAGAAAUAGAUAUAUACGAUAGAGAGGAGGGCAUUAGUUUUCCAUUGUAAAUUUGUUUUGUAAUUCAUUGAGUUUGUUGUAUUUAAAUGCAAAUUUAGAAUUAAAAAAGAUUAGGAAUUUGAAUCGUAAUCUUUGUAAAUUAUAUUGUGCGAAUUUUCGAUUGGUCGACGAUAAUAAGAAGAAAAUAAAGUAGGAAGAAAAGGGGGUGUUUAUUCGGAAAUUGAGGAAAGUUGUUGCCCAGAAUCGGGGGACGUUGUCCGUUGUUGCCCGACGUCGGAGCCGGAUGUUCGCACGGACAAGACGCCGAAAGCGCUGCCAUUUUGGAGAGCAAAAUGUUCACGGCAGUGAAAAAGUUCCUUACGACAUCCCCUUUGGUUAACAAAGUCAAGUUCCUAAUGACGAGGCAGAAUAGUGGGGUGGUAGGGAAGACUGGAGGGGAGGAAAAAACAGGGGAAUGUCCUUCGAGGAUGUCGAUAAUAAAAACGACGACAAUCGUCACUACGACGAUGGCGACGACGAUAACGACGACGAUGACGACGACGAUGACAAGAACGACAUCAGCGAUUACGUCACCACUAUUAUCCGUCUUAUCGAAGGAACCAGAUGAUGGAAUCGUAUCGUGUAACGUAUCAACGGAGUCACAGGUGGAACUAGUAUCAUCAUCAUCAUCAUCAUCACAAUUGCAAUCCCAAGUGUUGCAAUCUCAAGUUAAAUCCCAUCAGGUGCAGGAUGACAAAAUGAGGGAGGAUGAUAACAUUGAUGAAAGAAAAAUGAUUUACGGGGUUUUCCCUUCCUCCUCUUCCUCCUCCUCCUCGACAUCCUACUCGUCCGCUGUUUUACCGAUGACUAAGAAGGACCCUUCGAAAUUGUCAUCGAACACCGCUAUCAUGUCAUUUCCAGCUUCGCCACAAAAAUUGGCUAAUCAGCCGAGAAAGAUCACCGCUAUAACGAAGUCUCAGAUGAGGGAAUUUAAAGAGGCAUUUAAUCUCUUCGAUAAAGACGGGGAUGGUAAUAUCACGAAAGAAGAACUCGGAAGGGUAAUGCGUUCUUUGGGACAAUUCGCAAGAGCUGAGGAAUUGAACACUAUGCUGCAAGAGAUUGAUAUCGAUGGUGACGGUACUGUAAGUUUUGAAGAAUUCGUCGAGAUCGUCAGCAACAUCGGUGACGAGAAUUCCGGAACUUCUGCAGAUCAGGAUCAGGAGGAACAAGAAUUGCGAGAUGCAUUUCGCGUGUUCGAUAAACGUAAUCGUGGUUAUAUAACUGCAUCCGAUCUAAGGGUUGUUCUACAAUGUUUGGGAGAAGAUUUGUCGGAAGAAGAAAUCGAAGAUAUGAUCAAGGAGGUUGACGUCGACGGGGAUGGUCGGAUAGAUUUCUAUGAAUUCGUACAUGCUCUUGGUGAACCUGGCAUUGACGAGGACGAAGAGGAAGAAGAAGAAGAGGAAUCACAAUCUCCAACAUAACGAGUAUUAAUUGCAACACGAUUGAUCAGGAUGAUGGUUGAUCUUUAUAAGAAAAAAAACCACAAAAAAAAAAAGAAAAGAAAACGUAUCACAAAUCGUUCCCAUAUUAACGAUUUUUCUCUUCUAUCUUAUUUUCUAUUUAUAUCUGUCUCUUUAACUAUUUCUCACACUAUCACGCUCUCUCUUUCUCUCUCUUCUACUUUUUCCAAUGACUUCUAUACUAAUGACAAAAUUAAUGUUAUCCAAUUAAAAAAAACAAAAAAGUUUGCUAAAUUUCGAACCCGUAGAAAACGCGUGACCCAUCGUUAGUUUUUUUUCUAUUAUUUUUUUUAGUUUUCAAUUUCGCACCGCAAAUAAAAUUAAUGAAUUAUUAUUCAUUUGUAAAUAUUCUCUUUUAAUUCUCGAUGGGCUUUAAUCUCUCAUAUUCAAUUUCGUGUUUUGUCGUCGCGCGAUUUGAUGAGAACGAAAAGAAGAAAAAUUAUAUCAAAAGUGCUAAAGAAUAAAAAAAUCAAAAUCAAAAAAACAAACUAUACUAUAGGGAAUUUAAAAUUCUUCUAUGUGAUUCAAAUGAAAACGUGUUCUCUGAUUAACACGAAUGAGAAGAAAUGUCGAAUAGUAGUUAAUAACAAUUACUAUUAUUAUUAUUAUGAAAAGAAAAUAAGAAAAGUAUCGGCAAUUUUCAUCGGAUUCGUUUAAAUACUUUUAAACAAAUAAUUGCGUGUGUAUGUAAGCGAGUUUAUUAAACAUUUACGUAAAUUUCGAAUAGAAACUCUGAUGUGAGAGUGAAAUUCUUUUGGCACUUUUCAACGCACUGUGAGAGAACAAGAAAAAAAAAAGAAAAAGAAAAUUAUAAAAAAUAUAAUGAAAAUAUUUGCAUUUUAUUCUCGAAGAAAAAAAAACUAAUGUGAUUGUGUCAAGUAGCUGUAAUAGAUUUUAAGCUAUCUCUAGGUUUAAUGUAUUAUCUCGUGCACGCGCAUGAACAGAAACACAAAUAAUUACACACUCACACGUAUGCACAAAACAUGCGAGAGAACAUACAAAUACACACUGCUUUUGGAAUUUUUAUUCGAUUUCGAACGCAAAUAGAAAAACAAGAACAAAAAAAAAAUACGCGAAUCCGUGAAUCCAAAAACUAAUAAAAAAUAUAUAUAUAUAAAAAAAAAAAAAAGCAAAACAAUUCGUAAUCUCGUUGUUGUGAAAUUUCGAUACGUAAAUGAAACAAAAAAAAAAAGAAAAAAAUAAAAAAAAAUAAAAGAAAAGAGAUAGAAAAAAAAACAUAGAAAAAAAUAACGAGUUCAAUGUUUGGCCAAUUAAUAACAUCUCUUUUUAAAUAUCGUCUCUCUUCGGGAAUGAAAAAUAAAUUCCAAUCUUUUUAAUUAGAUAAGCCGAUCGAUGUAAAUUCGAUAUUACGAUGAUACAUGCUCGAUUAAAGAGCAUAAUAAACAAAAAUGAAAUCCUUCGAUCUUUGCACUUUAAUUCUCUCUAUCGACAAAAGUUAUAUUAAAUAUAUAACAAUGAAAAUAUAAAUAAAUAAAUAAAAUAAAAAAAAAAAAUGAUUACACACUGCACUAAUUAAAGAUAUGAUUUAAAGUAUAAAUGGAUCUUUAAAACAAACUAGAAGACAAAAUAUUUCUCGCAAACGAUACACGACGAUUAUAUGAAAAGAAAUAAAUAAAUCUUAUUCAUUUGAAAAUCAUCAUCAUCAUCAUCAUUAUCAUCAAUCAUCAUCGAAUCUAUCUGGAUUAUUAGCUUUUGUGAAAUCACAUACAUACAGCUUCGUUUAAAUAAUGAGGUAUGUCGAUAUACGAUGUUUGUUAAUUACAAAUUUAUUCAAACACGAUAAAUAAAAGUCGCAUGCUAUUGCUAAAAAUUAAUCGAACAAAUUAAUAAAUUAAUAAGGUAACACAAACUCUUGGUCACGAUUGAUUUUGUUUCUUCUUCUUUUUCUUUUUCUUUCUUUCUCGUUACUUACCUACUAUGUAUUUAAGAGAGAAACAAAAAAAUAAUUCAUUACAAGAGGAAAAUAUUUGUCGGAGGGUAACCUAAUCGGUUAAUGGUGGCAAUCGUCGAAUCAUCCCCGUCAAAUUUUCUUUAAACAUUCGUUUUUAUUAGCGAUAAAUAAACUUACAUAUCUUUACAGUAACAAUGACCUCUCGUAAUUCUCGGAAAAUAUAAUUAAUAUCUAUUCGUAAGGAUUUUUUUUUAUAUAGAUCCAAAAUUUCCCUUUCAUCUUGCACACAACCACCCCGUAUCUUUUUCUUCUUCAUAUUCUUCUUCUUCUCCUCCCAACUAUUUCUCUUACUUUUUACUUUUCUUUUCAUUCGUUCAUCCUUCUUCCAUCAUUUAUUUCGAAUCCUUUAACCCUUCCCUUCACGUUAUACUUUUCGAAUCUGACAUUUUUCUUUGACCACCCACCCAAUUUUUCUUCUCAAUCGUUCCCCACACAAUAGUAGUCUCUCAUUCGCGAAGCAGAGACGAAACGAAUUCUUGAGAAAAAAA